CACUUAGCAAUUCGCGCGCCAACUUCCCAGUGACAUAAAGUGUAUUUUAGUUUUUGUUCGUAUUAAUUAAUACUAAGUAAAUGAUUUAUAAAAUCAGUGUAGUAUUUAUUACGGAGUAAAUUGUCGUAACCCACAAUAAUCCCGACAAAUCAACAGAUGAUUUUAGGUUAGGUCAUGGUUUUUUGUUUGUUGACAGCUUUUCUAUUUCGAUUUGUGUCGAUAUAUAAACAUUCUAAGAGAUAACAUUGUGGUGAAUUAAUUUUUUUUAUAAUAACCAGUGAAUCAUAAAAAGUUAAUAUUUGAAAUCAAAAAGAAUCAUUAAUGGAGCGAUAAAAGUGCUUAUUUUGCAAAAACAUCCAAAUAUAUUCAAAAAGACAAGUGAUGAUCAAGUUGAAGACAAUAGAUGACAACAAAAAUAAAUAUUAUUGACACAUGGGAUCUCAAAAAGUGCCGAUGAACCUUAGUGAUUCUGAAGAGCAACUUAGAUACUCUGAUUUUAGCAGUUCAGAGGCUAGUGAUGAAGAAGCUGAUGAUAUAAGUUGUGUGGAUGAACAAGCAACACCUAUUAAUUUACCACCUGUCAAUCUUAUUGGCUUUAAAUUCAAUGUUAAUCAACUAAGAAGCAUUACAGCUCCCACAUCAGUACCUCAAACCACACCAGUAACAAAACCACCAGCCAGUAUUGUGUCAUCUCAUGAAAGUGAAGAUUCAGUAUAUUUUAAUAGGAAGUGGGUUUUAUAUCAAAACGAUGUGUCAAGCUUGCACUCAAAUGACUACAUAUUCAAUGCCAUCAAACCUUUUUGGGAGUACUGCCAAGAAGAAGAUAUUUGCAACCCACAAGUACAAUGUGAACCACAUUUCAAGGUACCAUUCAGUUUAUCAUCUUGUAAACAAUCUACCACAUUGACAGAUACAGAUUUUCAAGAUGAUGUGUUGUCACUUAUUGCUUCUACAAUUAAAGAGGAGUCAGUUUCUGAAGGGGAGAAUUCAGAAAGACCACAAUCACAACAAUUUUAUGACAAAAAAAAAAUUGAAGAAUGGGUUCCAACAUUAGAGAGUGCAAAAUUAAAUCCAGUUAAUUUAAUAGGAUCAUCUGUACCAGAAUGUUUCAAACAUAUUUGUUACCAUCACUUUUUUUAUGAUAAAUGCACAUGGAAAUAUUGUAUGCACUCACAUGCACUUCAUAGCAAUAUGAAAUUUGUAUAUAACUUACGAAACAGCAGCAAUGAGGCAUUUUUAUAUGGAUACGAAUAUGCAAAAGAUCAUUUGUUUUUUUUUGAGAACUGUUUAGAUUUAUUAGUGUCUGAACUUAUAAAACGAAGUAUGUUCUCUAAAAUAUCUGAAGUUGUUAAUGAUAUUUAUAGACUGGAGACUGAAGAUAAAUCAAAAUAUAUGAUUAAUGUAAUAGAGCAAUUUUCAGCAAAGUGGAAUUACAAAGAAGUUUUAAUUGAAAUUAUAAAUAACAUUGAUUUAUCCCACAAUAUAGAUUUGAGUAAUGUUUUAAUUACUUUAAUAAGUAGGGAGAUUAAUAUAGGAAACUUUUGUGAUAUACUUAAUAAAAUAAUUGAAAGACGUCACACUAUUAUAAACUAUGAAGAUGUUAGAAGGCUACUUGACACUGCUUUAAGUGACCCAAAUGUUAUCAAUAAAAAUCUAGUUCUACUGGUGAGUAAUAUUAUUAAUAGAAAUUUGGUAGAUGUUAUGAAAAUACCAAAGGAUUUAUUGAAUGCAUUGGAAACUUACAUAAACAGCAUAAAAGCAAUAGAAAAAUCUUUCUCAAGCCCACAUAAUUCUUCUCAAACUGAACAAUGUAAUUGUAAUGAUCAGGCAGGAGAUUAUUCAACAGCAGCACCACCUAAUGUAAUUCCCAGUUUGAAAGGGAUAGGCACAGAAUUGCCUGGAAAGGAAUUCACUAUUCAGCAUUCAGAAUUAAAAUAUUUUGAACCUGACUCUCCAGAAAGAUGUUUAUCCCCUGGUAUUUCAGAAUGUAACUAUUCAGAAUAUGACAAUUUGGAAAGUGUGAGUCAAAUAAACAGUCCAAUUUUAAACAAAAAAUACCAAAAUAUUCCUGGCCAUCAUUUGAGCAAUGGCUCUGUACAACAGGGUAAUGAAGAACAUUUCACACGUCUGAUUAGGUCCCCAAAUUUACAAACUGAGCAAAUACAUUUUUCACCUAGUAGACAACUACAUCAUUCUGAAAUUCAAAUAAAUCAUUCCAUCACCAAUGAACAAUCUUCGUCACAAACAUUUUUGCGACCUUUAUUUCCGUCUCCCAUAAAAUCAUCUAUCUCAGAAACCAAAAGCAUAGAAAUAAACGUUGAAGAUGUUUCAAAAAUGUCAAGGAUAUCCUCUAGCCCGAAAUCACAAUUGUUGUUUGACACGCCCUAUAAGAGAUCUUAUUCAGAUACUGAUUUAUCAGAAAUAUAUCCCCAGCAUUUGUUUGAGCCACCAACGAAAAUACGUAAUGGAUUCAGUUCAGCUAAACCUAUAACACACGUAUCAAAACAUAUAUUUGAAUCUCCCCAUAAAUCCGACACUAGGUCUAAUGUUAUAAAUGAAAAAGAGCCGGUGUUUCAAGUGCCACGAGUUCCGGAAAUAUCCAAAUUUCGGAAACCACAUAAGCCGCCAGUUAGAGACGGAUGUGAUGUUUCAGUAGCAAGUACUGUAUCAAAAUUCGUUCCUAAAUUUGGUAAAAUGACCUUUAAAGAUGCUAAUUUUGAAUUAAACAGUUCUCUCCACUGUUUACUGCCCGUCCAGGCGAAGUAUGUGGACCUUCACAAUAAUCACAUAGCGGAAUUACACAAAGCAAUCAAGAAUGCCGACGCGCAUCUGUUCCUGAAGCUGAUUAAAUUGUACGAUAAGACAUGCACGCAUAAAAGUUUCAUCGUGCAAUCAUUUGUCGCCGUCAAGGAAAGUGAUGAUGUGAAAUCGUUUAACCAUUUGAUGGAAAUGAUCGUGAAUGUUUUGCCAAAUUAUAAAGCUCAUAAGAGUACAAGAGCAAUUCUGGAAGUCUUGGCUUUAAACGUAGUAAGGUUUCUCGAUAGUCUCAGAGAAUGGAAGGAAUGCGUAGUGUUGUUGAUGACGUACUUCACAAAUUGGGAUACCUUAUUAACAUCUUGGCUAGCGGAUUCGAAAUUGAGCUAUAUUGCGAGGUUUUUAUAUUUGGCACGGGUCUUCAACAAAGCACAACGAUACAAUAUCUCUUAUGAAAUUUUGAACUGUGCAACUCUCAAACUAUAUGAAUCUAGAAACCAAUGGCCUUAUUCUUCACACAGUUGCGACGUCACCUUUAGAAAUGAUGUCUUUAAACACUUUCUGAGUAACGCCUAUAAAGAAAACCUCGAUAUGUAUAUUGAUUUGUACAAAAAAGUUUUUCACCGUAAAUUCGACGGGUUUGACCAAAUGGAAUUGUUCAACGAAAUAUUAAAAUUUUCCUUGGAAAAUAAAAAUAUAUAUUCUAUAAGAGAUAUUUGGCAAGAUGUUAUUACCUUCCACCCCAAAUUGGAUAAAAACCUUCUGAGGGCAUAUUAUUUAUACGUCAAUGAUAAGAAAAUAAUUAAUUCAAAUGAAUUGCAACAACUUUAUAGACUAUGCUUGAAACUUGGAAUCUAUACUAACUACAGUGGACAAGAACAGUUUCUUUAUAUUCCGACAAAUUACUCUAAUCAUGAAAUCACAGUGACAAUUACAAACUAUUUUAAGAAAGUUGCCAAUUUUAAACCAAAUUCUGUCACCAUUAAUAUUGUUCCACCCAACCCAACAGAUUUCGAUUCUCUACCGACUAAUCUGAAGAAGUGUUACAAAAGUGUAAACGAUAUUUACCGUAGUAUAAUGAGCAUUUUGCAAACUGAAUAUUUUAUCAGUAUUCCUUAUCCUGUAAAACCGUCGAUUUAUUUAGAACAAGAUACUGUGCAAAACAUUGUAAAUCAAAUUUUAGGAAUUGUUUAUAAUUAAGUUUUAAAUGAUGAUUUUCUUACAUUAAGUUAAAUACUUAUUUUUUGUUAUAGAAUUAUAUAUAUUAUUAUAUAUAUUUAUUAA